UUGCCAAAGUAAUUUGUGAAUUAAACUUAUUCUUUGAAAUACCCAACUUUCGUCCCAAUGUCACGUUUUUUUAUGAAUCAUACAUUGUUUCUAUUUAGAUGUAUAAUAUGUAAAAGCCGUUUAAAAAUGGGGUGAAGCGCGAGUUCGGGUCCGCGGAUGAGCUUUGUUUUGUGUCUGUGUUGGUUAAAAAUUUAAAAAAACAUAAACUCGUGAAACCAAUCAAACAAGUUCAGUUCUCUACGUUAUGGAAAUAGACGUAACUCAGGAAAAAGAAUUGGAUAAAAGUGGGUGUAACUCAAAUCACUGUGAAGAAAAUGAGGAAUCCAAUAGGAAAAACUGCAACAUCUUAGACAAUGUACCUGCCGUUUGCGAGGUCGUCAAGAACAACACAGCCAGUAAGAAAACCAUAAAACAUGCACUUCGACAACAAGCAAAGAGGAGGAAAAAGAACACCACCAUUGCAUCAGGAAACCCACCCGCUGUGCCCAGGAUAAUAGUAAAGCCACUACCUCCCCAUCCUGCGGAAGAAGCGACCUCAGUGCCUACCAACAAAAUUCCAACGAUGCGCGAAAUCCUUGCAUCCAUUCCUGGUUUCACCCUAAAACCCCGAAAGCGUACAAACAAAAAAUUAUCACCUGCAGCACAAAUAGAGCAAACCAGACAAGGUUGUAUAGAUUUAGAGACGCCUGAUUCUAUAUUAGUUAACACUAACUUAAGACUCUUAUUGAAUAAAGCUACUUUCGCCUCUCUACCGCUUUUGUAUCAAAAUAAAUUAGUGCAAUUAUUACCCAGUGUUGAUAGACAUAUAGUUAGUAGUUCUUCUGAUCCCACGUCUUUAGAUAUUAAUAAUUCCGGUCUGAACAAUGAGUUCUUCGCCCGGGCAUGCCUCGAGUGGCAGGAUCGGCUGGCUGAGGGCGAGUUCACGCCCGAAAACCAACAGAAGUUGAAGCUGGAGGCCGACAAGGAGCGCAGCAAAUUGGAUCCGUGGAAGCUGAAGCAUUUCGAGCCGAUAUGGGGCGACAGAUCUCAGUCCGAGGGCGAGGGCGGUUCGAAUCUGAGGGAGAAUUCGGGCAGGCCGCCCAUCAAGACCACCAUUAAGUUACGUCCCUCCACGACUAAUGCCAGCAAUAAAAAUAAGAAUACUCCGCCUCCCGUGAAACGAUUGAGGACGGUCGGUGCGAUGACUCGGUCGUGCACCAGCAUGAUCGAGACCGACCCGUUAGAAAUAAAAUCGCCCAUACCUGAUUUACUCCCCAUAAAAAGUCUUAAGAACCAAGUACAAAAAGAUGAGGUGAAAAACAAGUCUGAUAUUAAUGUUAAAGCGGAUCUAGAUCCGCUUAGAAGUAGUGAUAGUCCCACAGUUGAAAUACAAGAAAACUGUAUAGUUAACAUUAGUGAUACAAUAUUGAAAACAAACGAAGAGACAAUCAUAAUUUGUAGAGAUAAUAAGUCAGAGAAACGAAGGAGAUCCUUAUCAUCUGAAGGUGACGUCAGUUCUCCCAAGCGUCAAUCGCCGAGCCCACUUCUGUUGGACAACAACUUCAAGGAUGAGCUGGAGGAGGCAACCGAAUCAGCCGUUGAUCCUCUGGCCUUGGACUUCGAGAAAACCAUGGAGGACAACCAGGAAAGUCCGAUGGAACAAGACGAAGACGACAACUGCGAAAGCGACAACAAAGUCACGGACGAUAACAGCAGCAGCUCCAGCAGCGUCAUCCUGCACAUGGAAGAGAUCUCCAGCAACGAAACCAUGGAAACGGUGGACUCGUUGCAGCUACAGGCCGACUACAGGGAGGACACCAACCAAACGGACGACUCGUCGUCGUGCACCGACAUGAAAUCGGACGAAAUCGAGACCGCCUCCACCACCGACAACACGGACAUGCUGAUCAUAGAGACGCAGAGCACGCCCGAGCAGUCCGAGAACGCUAGCGAGGUCAACAGCGUCGACAUGAAGAGCGAGGAGUUCGAAAAGGCGGAAGAGGAGGAGUUCGAAAAGGCGGAAGAGGAGGAGUUCGAAAAGGUGGAGGAGUUCGAGAAGGUGGAGGAGUUCGCCAAGGUGGAGGAAAUGUCGGUGCCUACGCAGGACACGUUUCAAAUGUUGCCCAACACUUUGAUCCUUCAGCAGGAGUCGAUAAUAUUGGAUAAGAAUCCCGAGACUUGUGACGAGAACAGUAUAGAGGAUCCCGAGAAGUUGGAGGCGAGUGUCGAAGAGUCGGAUCUGGUGAUUGCUCAAAUUACCGAAACCAAUUUCGAUAAUCGGACCUUGCACGACGAGGACGACGCCAACGAGGACAACGAAGAUAGGUUUAUCGAUGCGGAGAAUUAUGUGUUGGAGUCGGGGCAGAUCACCCUCUCCAACAGUGAGAAGAUCGAGAAGGAGAGGCCUGAAGUUGACAUACAAGCCACGUUGUUUGGAGGAAACGUCAGCAGAGCGCCCGAAGAAUGUUGUUGGGGCCUAGUCGACUCGAGCACGGAGAAGCUGCUGCAGGUGCCGACCCUGCACCACACGCUGGACGUGCCGAACGCGAGUGCCGUCGCCGGCGGCGUCAUGACCUCCAAUUUGAGCGUCGAGCAUCAGCAACUGGUGGACAGACGACACACCGAGCACGUCGAGGUGAUACCGAUGCAGGAGGAGCUGGAGGUCAGGCUGGAGGAGGGCACGUUUCCGGUGCCCAACGACUGGCACUACGACGUGAAAAUCGACUCGGACAUGGUGGCGGCGGCGCUCGGCACCACCGACGAAGGCGGGACCGAGGGCGGGGAGAAGCCGACGCAGAACUAUCCCGAGUACAGCGGCAACCAGGUGAAGUUGGAGCUCGAGGUGACGCUCACACCCGAAAUCGUCAGUUCGGACAGUCUGAUCACCAGCACCGUCAACACAAGCAGCAACGGCACCACGUCCUCGGCCCUGACGCCGUCGGUGACGAAAACAGUGACGACGGUGAUUCCGCCGACGACGAUAGUAUGCCUGCCGUCGGUGGUGAGCACGGCGUCGAUGAUCAACAACAGCACGUCGACGGUGGGUAACGCGAGCAACGUGUCGCCGCCGCCCCAACAGUGCGGGCCGAUACCGAGGCCGGGCAUGGUACAAAGUUCGAGCUCGUUGCCAUAUCUGGCGCUGAGCACCAGCCAGCCCAUGAGGGCGGUGUCCACCCACAGCAAGUCCAAGCCAAAGAAUUCGCAGGUAAAUGUCGCGGGCGGAUCCGGCAAUAGAAAUCGCAGCAACAACAAGCCGCCGCCGGGAGCCGUGAAUCUGGAGCGCAGUUACCAGAUUUGCCAGGCUGUUAUCCAAAAUAGUCCCAAUAGGGAUCAACUGCGUUGUCAGCUCAAGCCUCCGCCGUCGUUGUUGGCGGCCGCGGCGGCCAAUAGCACGAAGAAAAACGAAAACAACCGACAAACUCAAUAUAGUUCGGUCACAUCCUCGAGGGGAUCCAACAAGACGUUCACCCCACCGCUGCCCGCGUCCGGCAACUUUCAAAUGGUGCCGAACAACAACGUCUCCAAAUCGCAAAAACCCCGCCCGAUUCCGUACCAGCACCAAAGGCAGCCAAGCCCUCCGGUCGUGGUGAGACACGUCUUCACUUCCGGCCAGGGGAUCCCCGUGACCAUGGCCGUUCUACCUCAGGCGUCUUCACUUAGUCCUGAAGUUGUCGAGGGACAGAACCAGGUGGGGGCGGUGGGACCCUACAUACUGGUGCAGCGCACUGGUGUCAACGAGCACCACGUGCCGCGAUCGUCGAGCGCGCCACCGUCGCAUCAGCAAGUGGGCGGGACCAUUAACACGGGCGGUGUGUCGCAGAUCGUUUCCGUGACUGCUCGAGGACGUCCGGCCAGCGUCGAGGUCGAUCACCAACCUAACGUUGCUGUACAGUACUCCCCCUUUGUCCAGGUGCAGGGCCAGCCGGCGAACGAUUUCGUCGUCCAGUGCCCGAACCCGGGCACGCAGGCCGUCACCCGCCGCCAGAGGAUGCCGCCGGGCGUGAUCUACGGCGACGUCUCCGUCGAGUCGCCGAUGCACCAGUACGCCACGCUUAUCGGCGGCGGCGGCGGCGACCAGAACGUGAUGGUCAGCGACCAUCCCGGCGCCGCCAUGCAACCGACCACGCACGGCGCCCAACCGCCCCCGCAACAGGCGGCGCCGCCGCCCCAACAGCAACCGCCGAAGGCCAAGGAGGCGACGUCGGCGACGGCGUCCUCGUGCGCCUGCAGCCUCAAGGCGAUGGUCGUGUGCAAGAAGUGCGGCGCGUUCUGCCACGACGACUGCGUAGGACCGAACAAAUUGUGCCGCACCUGCGUCAUACGGUAGACGGUCCGUUCGGUCGAUGCGGAAGGCUUUUAUUUGUUGGUGUUUGCUUCUGCUGGAGCGGAGCGGGCAAUUAAUUGAUACAUGCACAUAUACAAUAAUGAUGUCACUUUGAAGUGAGACUUGAAAAUCUCAUAUUUAUUUUAUUUAUUUGUACUAUAUAUAUUUACACUGUUUUUCUGUCCAUCAUUGGCUCAUUAACCGAAAUAAAGAUAUACGAACAGAAAAAUGGAUUUGUUGAUUUCAAUACGAUGUCUGAUUAUUGCCCGUUGUGCUUUACAAAUCGGAGCAACAUGAAUAUGCGUGCUCCAAAGUACAUGGUCAUUAAAGUAAGUCGCACCAAGUUCUAUGAUACCAAUAAUAGUCCAUUACAAGAUUUUCUUAUGACACCUUUAUACUUUAUACACGAAUAUUAAAUAUUUUAAUAUAACACUGUCAAUGGUCAUAGAUUCAGUGUACACCUUGCAUUUGUUCGCUGGUGUUCAGGCGAAAGACAUAAUAUUACAUGUGUUGUGUUUUUUUAAUACAACUUAUGGUGCCGUAUAUUAUCAAUAUAUAUAAAAUAGGAGAUUAUAUGAGAAUUAGGUAUAGUGAACUACAUAAAUAAUUGUCAUAUGUAUCAUAUAUAUUUUAACGAUUUGAAUAAUUGGAUAAAUUGAGCAUAAUUAGUCUUACGUUGUGCUUGUAGCAUAUGUACAUUCGUCGAAUUAAAUUUAUUCCAUGCCAUGACUGAUGUUUUAGGUUACAGUGAAAUGGAUUUUCUUGCCUGCUUUAUGGGCGGAUGGCCUAUGAUUGUUAAAUUUCUAUAUAAAUUUUUUUUUGUGUAGUCCAGACCAUUCAUUAUUAUGCCAUGUCUCCUAAAAAUUAUGUUUAAAAAAUGUGAAUCUGUUGCUGUCCAGUGCAGCGUUUAUGUGAUUACAUUAUAACUUAUUUAUUCUUGUGAUAUAUAAUUAGUUGUAUGCAGUAUUAUCCCGUACUUUUAUGUUAUUUACAAUUUAAAAAAGUCAGAUUGGUUGAAUUUACAAUUAGGUUUUUUUAUGAGGGUGAAAAAGUAAUUUAAGGAAAAAUCUGUAAAGCUAGUUUUAGGUUGUAAAUAAUAUAUAUUUUAAUUUAAUUUGCACCAACAAAUAAAAUCAAAUUCAGUACUGUGGUUUUCUGUUUAAAAAUGCAACAUAAAGACUAGGUUUAUAGUGAGUUUAAUAGUUUUACUUCGAUGAUUUGAAACUGUGUAGUUGUACUAAUUUAGCUUGUCAGUAUGUAACGACCCUUUUUUUUACGUAAACUCAAGGUGAAACAAUUAUUUAUUGAAGUUAUAUUCACAUAUCACACGAUCUUGGACAAUAUUAAAUAGACGUAUUUAUUUAUUGUGUUGCAAUUAACGUUUGCAAUGUUCCCUAUUUGAUAUUGUCUAGUGUUUUUUCCAAUUUCCUUAAUUUAUUUAUUUGUGUUGUUUAGAAGUCUUCCAAGCAUAUUAUAUAUUAUAAAUAUUCGCAAAUUGCAGUGUGUCCAUUUAAUUUCGAAUUCAAUUGUUCACAUUACUACCUCAGGUACUUCACGUAUACUUUUUCAUUUCUACAAAAGUUCAACAAGAGGAAAAUUCUAGUGCAAUAAUAUUUCACAAAAAUAUAAUUACUACAAGGUGUUACAAUAUGAGGUUUAUUUGAAAUAAAUUGACAAUUCUUCGGUUUUUUUGUUUAGAAGCUGCCGUUGGUGUUUAUUUUAAAAUAAUAUCAUAAUGUUGGAUGUUGAUAGUAUAAAAUCUAGGAUUAAUUAUUUGGCAAAUGCAAAGAUUUAUUUUAUAUAUUCAUUUUGUCAAUUUAUUUUUAAAUAAAUACUAAUAACAGAUAACGUUUUGUGUGGAUUCUGCUUGUAAGCUUUUCAUAGAGAUAUUGUUAGAUAAUAGGAUAAGAUGUGUAUAAUUAUUUUUCAUAUAAAUCUCAUGUAGCUCUUAAGGUCUUUUAUGUACAGUUUUUUUUACUACUUAGGUUUACUAUUUAAGUUAAACUAGUUUGUGUACAUAAAAAUAUAGUGUCUUUCUUGCAAUGAUUUCAAAAAUACACAUUAAUUGUUUUAA